GAGAGAGAGAGAGAGAGAGAGAGAGAGAGUUAAUGGAGAGGGUACAACUGCGCACAAACAGAUUUGAUCACAGAGUUUAACUUGCUGGUGCCGGUCAGUGAAGCCAUCCGCUGCGCAGACCUCCACUACUUGUUGAGCCUGGCUGAAAACGUUUUUCUUCUGAAAGAGAAGUUCAGGAACUCUGCGUGGAGCUGGAUUCCAUUUUGGACGUAUUAUUAUGACAACAGCUUUGUUGCAUUUGUAAUGUAGGGGUGAUCGGAAGCAAGCGCGGAACCUGUGGAUUUAACUGAAAGAAACACGGAUUUGGGACAGUUUAUUUCUUAUCUCGUGACUUGUACCGAUUUGCUUCGGAGUGCAUGAACAUUUACUAAAGAAAAAAAGCAACAAAAGCAAUGGAAGUAAGUUCGGAUCAGCCAAGAUGGAUGAGCCAUCAUCUGAAUGAGCAGCACCCCGGCUCACAUCACCUCGGCCACUCAUACAUGGACCCUUCGCAGUACCAGCUACCUGACGAUGUGGAUGUACUCUUUAAUAUCGACGCGCAGGGGAACCACGUCCCUCAAUACUAUGGAAACUCAGUGCGAGCCGUCCAGAGGUACCCUCCUCCUCCACACAGUAGCCAGGUGUGCCGUCCCUCAUUACUGCACGGCUCCCUGCCCUGGCUGGAGGGCAGCAAAGGCAUCGCCCCGCACCACAGCACUUCUCCCUGGAACCUGAGCCCCUUCCCCAAAAACCCCCUGCACCACGGCUCCCCGGCAGGCCUGUCCGUCUACCCCUCCGCUUCCUCCUCCUCCCUGUCCACCGGUCACUCCAGUCCGCACCUCUUCACGUUUCCCCCGACCCCGCCGAAAGACGUGUCCCCGGACCCCGGCAUGUCUAACUCCGGGAGACAGGAGGACAAAGAGUGCAUAAAGUACCAGGUGACCCUGGCCGAGAGUAUGAAACUGGAGUCAGCUCACAGCCGGAGCGUGGCGUCAAUCGGAGCAGGGUCUUCUUCUGCCCACCACCCACUCGCCUCUUACCCAUCUUAUGUCCCUGAAUACGGCCCAGGCCUCUUCCCACCAAGUAGCCUGAUAGGUGGGUCAUCCUCUAGUUAUGGUUCCAAAACAAGACCAAAAUCAAGGUCCUGUUCAGAAGGUAGAGAGUGUGUGAACUGCGGGGCCACGUCUACUCCGCUGUGGAGGCGGGACGGUACGGGUCACUAUCUGUGUAACGCCUGCGGACUCUAUCACAAGAUGAACGGGCAGAAUCGCCCUCUCAUCAAACCCAAGCGGCGGCUGGUACGUCUCCACCACAUUUCUCUAUUGAUGACAUUUCCGUCUCUCUCUCUGUUUUUCCCCUAUCCAGGAAGAAGUAGGCCUAUUAGCUGCAGGAAAUUGACUCGACAAGUGCAGUCUGCAGCCAGACGUGCCGGGACGUCGUGUGCAAACUGCCAGACCACGACGACGACGCUGUGGCGGAGAAACGCCAACGGGGAUCCGGUGUGUAACGCCUGCGGCCUGUACUACAAACUGCACAAUAUCAACCGACCUCUGACCAUGAAGAAGGAAGGCAUCCAGACCCGGAACAGGAAGAUGUCCAGCAAGUCCAAGAAGAGCAAAAAGUCCCAGGACGGCAUGGACGACUUCUCCAAGAGCCUGAUGGACAAGAGCUCCUUCAGCCCGGCCGCCCUCUCCCGCCACAUGUCGUCAUUCCCUCCCUUCUCGCACUCCGGCCACAUGCUGAGCACCCCCACACCCAUGCACCCCUCCUUCGCCCCCCACCACCCUUCCAGUAUGGUCACAGCCAUGGGUUAGAGCUCCCUGCGCUGCCCCGCCCCUGAACCCUCGCCACCACCACACCCCCUCGGUACCUCUGCUGACCUGCUUCCAUAUCCUAAAAGACAAAUAAACUGCUCCUCGGUCCGACCUAAGCCCCCCCUGUCCCCCCACCAGCUGCGGUGCGAGAACGACAGGCUUCCGGCUCCUUAUCCUCUUCCUCAGUUGUAUCUUAUUUUUAUAAACUCAAAAGUGUACCUCUGCGAUGUGAAUGCUUUGCAGACUUGACUGUGGCGCACUGACCUCCAGGGGGAAGAUGUUGUUCUCCUCCAACCAGGGGAACUUUUUUUUCUCCUUAUCCGACGCCGCCUCCACCACAUAGAGGCUGUCCUCCCAGCUGAUCCACAUGAUAAGGAGCUCCAUUUGUGUACAAAAAGCCAUUUUUCCACACCACGAACAUCACAAAAACAGACUUUUACAACAACCUCUCCAGAAGUUUCCACUCCCACCUCUCUUCACCUUGCACCUGUGUAACAGGAAACCCCCCCGUUCCCCUUGUUCUUCUUACUGGAGAUAGACGUUGAAUAUAUUUGUACAAAUUGUAUGAAAUACAGUACAUUUAAUGAAGACUUUUUAAUUAAGUAAGAAAAAAAAAGGAAACAUGCCCAUGGGCAGCUAAUGACGACGUGAAGGGUACGAGUCGCAGCAGUAGGAGAGACUUGCCGCCUGAGGAGUGAGGAAAGGACGUCUCCGAGUCCCUGAGGAGAGAGAAAAGGGAGGAGGUGAGGGACGAGAGGAGAGACUUGAGAAAGGGCAGGCCUCGGUUUUUGCCUGCGUGAAUUGUGUUGCAUUAAGUUUGCAGAGUCAGCAGCUCUGGCUCUCACCUUUUUUUUUUGGAUGUGCUAUAGGUCUCGGGCAAUUGGUUUGUGUUGACACGUGCACGUACACACACACACAGACACACACACACACACAGACACACACAGACACACACACACACAUACACAUGACCUGAAGACAUUCUUCCUGCCCACAGAUUAUAUGCAUUGUGAAAAAAGUUCCUGUAUUUGUUAUUUGUAUGUAUAAAUCAGAGUACCAAAAAUACGAAAUAAACAAAGAUGUAGAAUUAUUUCUUUAUGUUAUGCAGACUGAAUGGUUGUAAAAAUUUAAUAAUAAUCACUAGUGUAAAAUAUGACUGCUUUUUUGUUUCGUAAUUUUUUUUCCUCUUUGAAAAUAAUAAACUAGUUUAAUCUCUGUUGACAUGUUA